GUCAUUAUCCACGCCACACACCACCACCAUCAUCGCAAAUCAGCUAACAAUGGAAGCCGCGAGCUUGAAAGCGAGGAUAGUCUCUGACCUCCAAGCCGUGAAGCGGCGAUCGGGCAAGACCUACGCUCAGAUUGCGGAAGAGACCGGCUUGACCAACGUCUACGUGGCUCAGCUCCUCCGCCGCCAAGCUCAGCUCAAGCCCUCCACCGCCCCGCUCCUCCGCGCCGCCCUCCCCGCCCUCACCGACGACCUCCUCCUCGAAAUGUUCCAACCUCCCCUUCGCUCCUACGAUCCCAACUUAAUUCAGGAUCCUACCAUUUAUAGAUUGAAUGAAGCAGUGAUGCAUUUCGGGGAGAGCAUUAAAGAGAUCAUCAAUGAAGAUUUUGGCGAUGGCAUAAUGUCUGCCAUCGACUUCUACUGCUCAGUUGACAAAGUGAAAGGUGUGGAUGGAAAGGAUCGUGUUGUUGUGACCUUUGAUGGGAAGUAUCUUCCACACAGUGAGCAGAUUACCGAGAAUAUGGUAUCAAGACUGAAAAGGCAAGAACAGCUAGAUGGCAAGCCAAAGUUAUCGUAAUUGUUUUAUCAUCCCAAGCGUUCUUGAUUACUCUUUGUCAAUAUGUAUUCUUACAUCUAUGUUGUACUUGUCCAACUCAAUGGUAAUGAACUUGGUUUUGGUUUGUGCUUCGUUA